CACUCAUCUCCACAGGAAACUAGUUUUUAAUCUUGAGGUCCGAACCUCAAACCUGUGAUUAUUUUAAUUCUAGAUUUUUAGAACUCUGAAACUCUAGGAAGUGAAUUAAUGUCAUCCUGUUUCAGUCAAACACACUUUUGUCCUCGAAUUGUGCAAAGUAUGAGGUCCAACUUUCACCAUCAAAAAAAUACAUCUAAACACACAAACACCAAUAUUUAAGUGUUUUUUUUUUUGUUUUGUUUUUUGCUUUCAAAAUAGACGUGAUAAUUUGACAUUUGAAUGUUGCAGGGCGACCUUGGAAAUAAAGAUCUCUGUACACACACACACACUCUAUCUCGUGUGUUUAAGAUAAAGGAUAGUAUGUUCUUCUGCACAAGUCAUUUUUCUAUAUCCUCUAUCUGUCAAUUCGACAGCCUUUGCGUGCAAACCUCUGUGAUGGCUGCAGCACACGAUGUACUCACGCUCGUAUGUUAUUAACCCCUGUGGUGCACGGUGUGAUCCUGCACAGCGAGGUGCCCGACCCUCCCCCGGGUCGACUCCCCUUUAAGGAGUCGUGGGUUGCGACGUAUGUCAUCCAACCCUGUCCAAGCAGCCGGGGGAGGAGACUUUAGAUGGUCGUAGCGAUAGGGCAAAUGAACCACCGACGGUGGAGGACGGAAGGAGAAAAGGAAAUUCCCAUCUGUCUUUCCUCUUCCUGAGCAUCUUUCUUGCGCAGCGCAGCGUUUGCGACAUCUUCUUGCAGACUUGCGCAUUUUAAGUGAAGAAACGCUACAGUCUGACAGACGCAAAGGGACGCAUCCAUUUAUUUCGUGUAAAAAUAUUUUUAAUGCACCUACGUUUGCGCAAAGGCAGCUAACAUAAUCUCCGCUGCAAAAGAAGAAGACUGAACAGGCCUGUAUUCCACGAUCUUACGAGGACGUUUAGUCGAUCUGAGGAGCAUCGCUGAUUGGUCUAUUUUAGAAAUUAUUGCUGCGGGUUGAGGGAACAGCUUCCAUUGACUGUUACAUAACGGAGUGGUUUUAGCUGUCCAAGGUGCUGAAGUGAACGGGACCAACCGUGGGGGAAAUUCUCAGCCUUGCGUAAGUCUGCUGCUGUCAUCAACCACACAAUCAACGUGACCGUACUGUUUAAUGAGAAAAUAAGACUGUUUCAGCUCAGUGUGUGCGUUUCUCCGCCCACAUAUAAGGUCACAGGCCUAUCAGUCGAAGACAAGGAACGCACCGGGAUCCUUACACCGAACCACCUGGAAGCAUCUGCUGUGUUUUACAAAAAUCGUUCAUUGGACUUUGUACCGUGGUUGAUUGAGACAUCAUUUUCUGAGCUGGUCGAGUCAGUGGAGAGAAAAUGUCGGGGCAGACGCUCACAGAUCGCAUUGCCGCUGCGCAAUACCAGCUAACGGGAUCAGAUAUGGCCCGAGCUGUGUGCAAAGCCACCACUCAUGAAGUGAUGCCGCCCAAGAAAAAGCACCUGGACUACCUGGUGUCGGCCACCAACACCACCAAUGUCAACAUUCCUCAGAUGGCUGACACACUCUUCGAAAGAUCCACCAAUGCCAGCUGGGUGGUUGUCUUCAAGGCCCUCGUCACUACGCAUCACAUGUGCGUCCACGGCAAUGAGAGGUUCAUUCAGUACUUGGCCUCCAGGACUUCCUUGUUCAACCUCAGCAAUUUUAUUGACAAAACCGGUUCUCAUGGCUAUGACAUGUCUACAUUCAUCAGACGGUACGGUCGAUACCUGAAUGAGAAAGCGUUCGCCUACCGCCAGAUGGCUUUUGAUUUCACCAGAGUGAAGAAAGGUGCUGAGGGUGUGAUGAGGACCAUGACCACUGAGAAGCUGUUGAAAGGCAUGCCUGUGCUGCAGACUCAGAUCGACACACUCCUGGAGUUUGAUGUUCAUCCCAAGGAGCUGAACAAUGGAAUCAUCAAUGCUGCAUUUUUGCUUCUCUUUAAAGACCUGGUCAAACUGUUUGCGUCCUACAACGAUGGCAUCAUCAACCUAUUAGAGAAAUACUUCAAGAUGAAAAAGAGUGACUGCAAGGACGCCCUGGAGAUCUACAAGAGGUUUCUGACCAGGGUGACAAAGAUUGGGGAAUUCAUGAAGCUGGCUGAGACAGUGGGAGUCGACAAAAAUGACAUUCCCGACAUCAACUAUGCUCCCAGCAGCAUCCUGGAGUCUUUGGAAACACAUAUGAACGGCCUUGAGGAUGCAAAGGGUGGAAAGAAGGGUGAAGGGUCACCAACAAAGGGAUCUCCUACAAAUAAUGUGUCACCAACAUCGACUCCAGCCAAAUCUUCAAACGCUGUCCCUGCGCUGCAGCCUCCUCCUGGGGAGAGUGGAGCUGCUGGCGCUGCUGCUGCAGCUCCGGAGCCCGCAGAAGAUUCCUUGUUGGAUCUGGAUCCUCUGUCCUCCUCGGGACCCGCAGCACCAUCAGCUGCCCCCACAUCAUGGGGAGAUCUUCUUGGAUCAGAAAUGGGCGAUUCCUUGCUAUCUGAACCCACCCUUACAGCAGAGGCCGCCCCUGCAGCAGCAACACCCACUCCUGCAGCGGCAGAACCUGGAGUCGCUCUGGCUCCUCCCACUAGCACAGCAGCCGCCACCUCCCCUGGCGCCGCCAAUGUGGAUCUGUUGGGAGAUGCAUUUGCAACACCUGCUCCUGCCCCUGAGGCCUCCACAGCAGCAGCAACAGCAGCUGAGGGUGGGGCUGCAGCUACAUCCACACCAGCCGCCAACGCUGGAGCUGACCCCUUCGCUCCCUCAGAGGGAACCGUCAACGCAGCAUCCACAGGUGUUGACCUUUUCAGCAUGAUGACAGUGGACAGUAAUAACCAGAGUCAUUCCCUGGACGCCUGUUUUGGCUCAGUGGCGCCCCCGUCCCAGCCCUCUCCCUCACCUUCCCCUUCCCCGCUCUUCACCUCCACAGCACCAUCCAACAUCAUCACCACCACCGCAACCAUUUCACCUCCGUUUGCACCCAGUGUCAGCAACCCUUCCACUGAUCUUUUGAGCGCAGAUGUGUUCACCUCCCCUGCCCCCAUCCUGUUAUCUGCACCCCCAACCAAAACUGACACUGGAGCCAUCAUGAGCCUGUUUGGUGAGUCAACAGGAGGAGACGCAUCAGCUGCUCCGGCAGCGCCCCCCGCCGCUCCAGCUGCCCCUGGUGCGGAGCUCAUGUCAGUAUUCGAUGGACUAGGUGACGUGAUGAAGCCCACCGUGACCCCUCAAGCCGGUGAUGUCGAUGCCUCCAUGGCUAACAUGGCGAGUAAUCUCUCAAUGGGAUCUGCAGCGGCCCCUCAGGUAGCUCCCCCCAGUUGGGGUGCUCCCAUGCCUGGAGCACCAGGUGUCGGCGCUCCCAUGAUGCCCAUGGUGAGACCAGGUUUCCAAGCCACUGGAGCAGCCCCCGCAGCACCGAUGUCUCCUGGAAUGGCCCAGAGCCCCAGAAAGCCUCAGCCCCCCAGGAACGCUCUAGAUGACCUCAAUAUUAAAGACUUCAUGUAGACUAACUGAGCUGAAGCAGCCAAGGUUCAUCGUACCUGGAGCCCCCGUGGAUGUCUGCACUCCCCCCACUCCCUCUCUCUCCUCAGUCAUCCCCCAGUCCUUCAGCCAACCAGCCAUCACAUCCACUGUAUGACCUUUGCCCUCUAAACUCCCACCAGCUGCAAACCCACCCUUCUACCCCCGGACCCCGUCCUUCUUAUCUAAUGUUGUAGCACAACUGUGAAUGUGAACCCUAGAUAAAGGAUACACAGUUCUGUUUAUGUGUGUGUGGGUGUGUGUGUGUGUGUGUGUAACUCAGUGUUAACCUUUACUUAAUAUACCACUGAAAAAAGGAACAAAAAAAUGAAAUAAAUGUGUAUUUAGAUUCAUUCUGUAUAUCUGCAUAUCAGCUGACCUGGAUGUUGGUUUCUUUGCGCAUCUACCCGAUGAGGACUGUGUUGUUCAAUGUGGACUGUGUUCAGUGUUUAUUUCACUUGGCCAAUGACCCCCUACUCCACAUCCCAGUCCCACUCCUUCACACACGUCGUCCAAUCUAAUACUGAGCUACCCUCGUGUCACCUUUUAUGUAUCUGCUCAGCAAUUCAACCCCCAAACUGUUGACAUUUUUUAAGAAUUAUUCUUAUCUAAAACACUCCUGGAUGCAACUUGCGCUCAGAAUUGGGAUUCCACGUGGGACACGUCAGUUUUGUUUUUAUUUUAUCUUUUUGUAAACUCUACAAAAACAUGCAAAUACCUGUGAGUUCAAAAUUCACAUAUGCAUUUUAAGCUAUUUUAAAUGACAUAUUUUACAUAUUUAUUUUAUUUUGGGAGAACAAAAAAGUCAUAUAUUUUUUAAGUUAUUUUAAAUCUUAUGGAUGAAUAAAAGCAAGUGGACUAAAAAUGUUCCUCCUUCCCUGAACCUCAACCUCAAUCUGAAGUCAGACUCAGUAUUGAAUGGUAAUAAGUGUGCCCUCUGCUGGUGUGGAGUGGUGCUGCAUUGUAGUGUGCAAUCUGUUGUUAAUCUGACGUGCUCUCUGCCUUGUGCUCUAUUCUUGGUCUUUAGGAAAACUGACUUAAAGAGGCAAAGAUUCCUGUUUAUAACGGGGAGGUGACCUCUAUUCAUUUAUGGUAUUUGGUGACACAGCAGUGGUCGGUGCAUUUGCUCUCGUCUUGUUACCGAAGGGGUUCUGUAAAAAAAAGUAUACACUGGAUGUUUCUGUGCUGUUUAUUUCUGAAAGUGACUGUAUCUUAAUUCAUUGUGACACUAACAAGAUGUUGAAACUAAAAUAAAUAAUAUCAAGAAGAACGUGGGUAAA